AUGUUAUCUAAAUUAGGAUGCAUUUGCAAAAUCAAUCAAUAUGAAGAUUAAAAUCAAUGUUUGAACUGUCCUAUAGAAUGUAGUUAAUGUUUAAGUUUAACUUAUUGUUUAGAAUGUUUAAAUAGUAAUAAGAGAUAAUUAUUAAAUGGGUAAUGUAAUUGUAUUGAUGGUUAUUAUCCAAUUGUAUCUAAUCCUUAAUGUUAACUUUGUCAUUAGUUUUGUAAAACUUGUUAUGGUCCUACUUCUAAUGAGUGUUUAACUUGCAAUAACAACAUUAUUAGUAUAGAAUAAAUAGGAUCAACUUGUAGAUGUCAAACAGGCUCAGCUUAUAUGGAUGUAAAUAAAGCAUGUUUUCCUUGUCAUUCAUCAUGCUUAACUUGUUUUAGAACAACAAUAGAUGGUUGUUUAACAUGCAAUUCCUCUUAAAAUAGAUAAUUAAAAGGGUUAAAAUGUAGAUGUGCAUCUGGCUAUUAUGAAUCAAUUAAUAGUUGUACAAGUAUAAAUAAUAAUAAUUUUUAUAGAUUGUCCAAAUACAGAAAAUACAUCUCUAAGUCAAUGUUAUAAAUAAUGUAAUAAUAAUUAAAAAAUAUGGCAUACAAUAACUUGUAGUUUAUGCGAUUCUGGAUAUCAUAUAGUAUCUGGAGAAUGUCAACCAAUUUGCGGAGAUUUAUAAAUAAAAGAAUAUGAAUAAUGCGAAGAUAGUAAUACAGGUCUUAAUGAUUUAUGCUUUAAUUGUUAAUUUUAAUGUCCAAGUCAUUGUUUGACAUGUGAUUAAUCAACUAAUUUACCUUGUCCUGAUGUUUGUGGAGAUGGAAUUAUUACAGGAAUUGAAGAAUGUGAAGAUGGAAAUACUAUUUAAUAUGAUGGAUGUUUCAAUUGUAAAUAUUAAUGCUAACCUUCAUGCACAAAUUGUAUAAGAGGAAAUUGUUUUGAAUGCCUGACUGCUGGUUGGUAUAUUGAUAUAACAGUUACUCCUUGGUAAUGUAAAGAAUUAUGUGGAGAUUUCAUGAUAGUUGGAAGUGAAUAAUGCGAAGAUGGCAAUCUUCAAGAUACAGACGGUUGUAAGGAUUGUAAAUUUUUUUGUAGAAUUGGUUGUUCUUCUUGUGAUUACACUAUUAAUAAAUGCUUAAGUUGUGAAUUGGCUGGCUUUGUUCCUAAGUAUUAUUAUUGUGAUAAUGUAUGUGGAGAUGGUUUAGUUGUAACAGAUCCUUCUGGGAUCAAUUCAGAGGAAUGUGAUGAUCGUAAUACUAAUAAUAAUGAUGGUUGUAAUAACCUUUGCUAAUUUUAAUGUUAAACAUCAUGCGCUAGUUGUAUAAAUAAUAGAUGCGCAAUAUGUGCAGAUGGAUAUUUACUUACUAAUGAAAAAAUAUGUAUAGCAAUUUGUGGAGAUCUUAAGAGAGUACUUGGUGAACAAUGCGAUAAUUCACCAUAUAAAAGUUGUAUAAAUUGCUAAAUAAAAUGUCAAAGUACUUGCAUUGAUUGUGAUACAACUGGGCUUGGUUGUCUAAAAUGUAAGACUGGAUACAAUAAUAAUGAUUAUAUUUGUUAAUCAAUUUGUGGAGAUUAAAUAGUAACAAAUGAUGAACAAUGUGAUGAUGGUAAUUUAAUAAUUGGAGAUGGCUGUCAUUUCUGUUAAUAUAGUUGUUAGGAUUCAUGCCUUAAUUGUAUUUAAGGAGUCUGUUAUAAUUGUAAAGAAGGGUUUGAAUUAAUAUAAUCUAAAUGUUAUGCUAAAUGUGGAGAUGGAAUUUAGAAUGAUAAAGAACAAUGUGAAAUGAUCAAGUCCUUGCAUAUUUAUCAAAGUUGCAAAUCUUGUGUAUUUACAUGUGAUUUGAAUUGUCAAUUGUGUUAAUUUGGUAGAUGUUAGAAAUGCACAAAAGAAUAUGAAUUAUCCUCUAAUUAAUAUUAUUGUAUUAAAUCUUUACAAUAUAAUUCAAAGAUAGUUGAACACUGUUAAAUAUAAGUUUAAGACAAUUGUAUUUAAUGCAAAAAUUAUGCUUAUUUUGACAAGGUUGAAUAAAAGUGUAAUUUAAAAGAAAAACCGUUGAGCUUUUGCCAAUAUUAAUUUAAAUUAUCUCCAGAUUUAUAUUGUAGUUAUUGUUUUGAGUAUUGUGCAACUUGUAACGAAAACAAUUGCAUAAGUUGUCAAAGUGGCUAUUAUUUAGGUGACAACUUUUCUUGUAUUUCAUCUUGUGGAGAUGGAAUACUUGCACAUGAUGAAAAAUGUGAAAUAGAUGAUCAAAAUUGUUUAAGUUGCAUGUUUGAAGUUUCAAAUUAAUGUGAAUUAUAUUUUGAAGAUCAUUGCUAUAGAUGUGAACAAGGUUUUUAUAUUAAUUAAUAUACUAAUAUCUGUGAAUCUAAUUGUGGAGAUGGAAUAAUAACAUUUGAUGAAGACUGUGAGGAUAACAAUUAUAAAGAAUAUGAUGGUUGUUAUUAUUGUAAAUAUUCUUGUAGCUAACAAUGCUUAAAUUGCAUAAAAGGAGUUUGUUAAGAAUGUAAUAAAAACUACUACCUUUGGGAUGGAUUUUGUUAUGGGGAAGAGAAUGAAAUUGAUUAAUUUCCUCAAUGUAAAGAGUAUGUUAAUGGAUAAUGCUUAAUGUGCUAGAAAGAUUAUAAUUUAAAUGAAUAUGGGGAUUGUAUUUCUGAAUGUUAGAAAAGCUGUAUUCAAUGUUAUGAUGGUUAAUGUUUUUAAUGUGCUGAGCUAUAUGAGCUUUAUGAGAAUAUAUGCAUUUUACCCUAGUAAUGUUAAACAGGUUUGUAAUUUAAUUAAGAAUUAUAAAUUUGUGAAUCUUUAUGUGGUGAUGGAUUUAUUAAUGGAUGGGAAGAAUGCGAUGAUUAAAAUAUGGAACAAUUUGAUGGUUGCUAUUAGUGUAGAUAUGAGUGUGAUGAUAAAUGCAUUUAAUGUAUUUAUGGUGAAUGUUUUAAAUGUUCUUAAGAAUUUAAUCUGAGUGAAAAUAAAUGCUUAUCAAAAUGUUAGGAGACUUGUCUUUAUUGUUUUGAAGGAGUAUGUUAGUUAUGUAGCAAUGGGUAUUUUCUGAAUGAAUAUUUAAAUUGUAUAAAAAUUAGCUGUGAAUAUAAUUUCAGUUGUACUUCUUUUGUAUGUGGAAAUGGUAUAAUUGAAGAACUAGAAUAGUGUGAUGAUUAAAAUCUAAUUAAUGAUGAUAAUUGUAAUAAUUAAUGUGAAUAAAAUUGUGAUAUUAAUUGUACAAAUUGUAUUGAUGGUGUUUGUUAUGAGUGUAAAGAAGGAUGGAGAUUAAGUUUAUCCUUUUGUGAUUCUAUUUGUGGAGAUUAAAUUAUAGUUAGAAAUGAAGAAUGCGAUGAUGGUAAUUAAAUUGCUUAUGAUGGAUGUUUUAAAUGUUAAUUUUAAUCCACUCAAUAUUAUGAAAUCUUUUUUAAUGGAAUAUGUCAAUCAUGUUAAAGUAAUUAUGAAUUAGAUUAAUUAAAUAAUUCAUGUAAUUCAAUAUAACCUUAGCUAACCAUUUAAGAGUAACCUAAUUGUAAAUUGUUUUAGAAUAACUUAUGUAUUUUUGUUAAGUUGGAUAUCUAGAUUUGAUUACUAACACUUGUAUAAUUGAGUAAAAUAUCAAUAAAUGCUCUCAAAAUUGUAAAUAAUGUUUGCUUUCACAAUGUUUAGAAUGUGAAUUUGGAUAUUAUGGAAAUAAAUGUAUGCCUAAGUGUGGUGAUGGCAUAUUAGUUUAAUAAGAAGAAUGUGACGAUGGCAAUUUAUAUGAAUUAGAUUCUUGUUUAAAUUGUAAAUAUUAAUGUCCUUAAAAUUGCAAUUAAUGUGCUUAUGGAAUUUGUAUACAUUGUUUUUUUGGAUUCUAUUUGGAUAUUGUAAGUAAUUCAUGUCAUUCAGUUUGUGGUGAUAAUAUGCUAGCAACUGAUGAAAUUUGUGAUGAUGAUAAUGAAUAGAGAUAUGAUGGAUGUUUCUAAUGUAACUUUUAAUGUCAAAUAGAAUGUCUGAAUUGUGAAUUUGGAAAAUGUAUAGAAUGUUAAUCUCCUUUAGUGGCAGUAUAAUCAAAAGGUAUUUGUGAAGAAUUAAACUUAUGUGAUAAUUCAAUAGGAUUAUAUCAAAAUGAUUAUAGUAAUGAUUGUUUGCCAUUAUGUGGAGAUAGUAUUGUUGCAGGCAAUGAAUAGUGCGAAGAUUAGAAUAAUAUUCCUUAUGAUGGAUGUUAUGAAUGCUAAAUUUAAUGCUAGAUAGGUUUUUCACUUUAAUAAAAUUCUUGUAUUCCUAUUUGUGGAGAUGGAAUUGUAAUAAAUGAAUAUGAAAAUUGUGAUGAUUAAAAUGAUUAACCAUAUGAUGGAUGUUUUGAAUGCUAAUUUUAAUGUACACAGAAUUGUCUAAUCUGCUCUCAAGGAACAUGUCUUUAAUGUGAUAUAGAUUAUUCCUUCGAGAAUAAUAAAUGUUUGUUAAAAAAAUAAAAUGAUGAUCCUAAUUCUACCAUUAUUAAUUAAUCUUAAAAAAAGAAUGAUUCAAUUUUAGAUAGUUAAAAUUCAUAAUUGGAGCUAUUAAAUGAAAAUAAGAUAUGCCAACAAUCUGAAUGUGUUUACUCUCAAAAACCCUCCAUAAGACUGAAUUUUAAAAAUUAAUCCUUUACUUUAUAAUAUGUUCAAAUUACAUUUGAUUAAGAAGUAAAAUUUAGCAAGACAGAAAUACAAGACUAGCAAUUGUUUAACUUAAGCAUAAUUGACUUGGCUCCCUAGAAUUAUAAUAUCACAGUCAAUUCUAUUUAAAUGAUGUCAUUAAAUCUUUAAUAUGCUUAGUAUUUAGUUGCCAUUGA